AUGAUCUGCGCGACCCCCUCCCCGGCCUCGUCGCCAAACUACCCCACGCCGCGCUCCCUCUCGCCCUCGCCCCCCUCGGCCUCGGCACCCGUCACCCCGGACGAGGCGCGCGCACUCACCGCCGCGGCGGGCGGCAUCGAGUCGCUGUCCCGCAGCGUCGCCCUCUUCAAGGCGCUUGCACGCGACCACGGCCUCGACCCCGAAGAGCACAUCUCGACCGACGGCGGAUACGUCCUCCUCUCGCCCGAUCUCGGCGGCCUCGUCGCCGGCCGCACCAACGAGCUCGCCGAGAGGAGAUGA